AACCCCUGCUGACUUUAAGCUUGCCUGGUCAACAAGGUUCCUUUCCUAUAUUAAUGUUACCAUCAGGAUCAUAUAAUAAUUGCAAGUCUGGUAAAUUGCACUAGUUUGAAGGUUUAAUAUUAUAUGCAGCAAUGGUGAUUAUGUUCAACUGUUUGGCAAACCUGCGAUGAAUGAAAGAUUCCUUUAGAUUAAAGCUUUCAAGAUCAGGUUAUAUUAGUCACUUUUUUCUUUAUCUGUCUCCGACUCUAUUCAGCAAAUCAAUACACACAAGAUAUUCAUUUUUAAUUAGACACACAUUUUAAAAUAUUGCAAGGUAAUCGAGAACUACAAUGACACUAUGCAUCACUACUUGUAUACCAUACAUACAACAUUAGAGAUUCGCAAGAAAAACACUCUCAAGGCAAAAAUAAAACCGGUCUCGUCAGCAUCAACUGUGUUCCCAAAGGGCCCGUCAAUUACACCGGCUGAGGUACCUUUGCAUUCAUCAACCAAGGACAAGAUAUUUGCCAUCCUGCGUGAUCCAGCUUAUAGUGAUAUUCAGCAUGGCGUUAGCUUGAAGUUGAUCCGAAGUGCACUGGACAUCAGUCGGGACGAAAUAAUGCAAGUCAUUACAGAGCAGAUUUAUCUUGGGAUGAUAUACACAACAGCUGAUGACAACCACUUCAAGUCCUCCAUCUGAAUUGCUCUAUGCUGCACGUGUUAAGCUUGAGAGUUUAAUCAUCGUUUAGAUUUUAAUAAUUUUAAUUGUCAGACAUUUAUCGUCUAUCUUGGACAUUAUUUUCAAUUAGACCUCUCAUGUUUGUAACAUUUAUUUCAACCCAAGUU